UCACCCCCUUUCGGAUGGCAGACCUGGAUAGUUGGCAUCAUUGUAAUAUUUUGUAACAGCUGUAUUUAAUAAUUUAGGUUAGUUUAGUGAAUUGACAAACAAAGUGAACAUUGACAAAGUAUAUAUAUAUAUUUUAAAUAAAUUAUGACUAGGCACGCAAGAAAUUGUACAGCUGGUGCUGUAUAUACAUAUCACGAGAAAAAGAAAGAUGCAGCGGCUUCCGGUUAUGGUACCAAUUCCAAAAGAUUGGGCAAAGACUCUGUGAAGGAUUUUGAUUCUUGUUCCCUGUCUUUGCAGCCUUGUCGAAAUCCUGUCAUAACUAAAGAUGGUUAUUUAUUUGAUAAAGAAGUUAUAUUGCAAUACAUUAUCACUAAAAAGAAUGAACACAGCCGUAAACUCAAGGAAUAUGAAAAGCUGAAGAAAAGAGAGGAGGAAGAGCUGCAACAAACUGUUACAAAUGAAACCAACAAGAAGAUAAACAAUUUUGUAAAUUCUGAAAAUAACAUUGUCAGUAAACCAAUUGAUGGCUUUAAGAAUGAUGUUGCUGGUCCCUCCUCAAUCUCAAACAUGGCUCAUGGCAAAGACAAACAUUUGCCCAGUUUUUGGGUACCUGGUCAAAUAAAAAUAGCAGAAAAAUCAAAACUGCAAAAACCAGAAAAUAUUAUUCCUUGUCCAGUGUCUGGCAAACCAAUGAAGGCUAAAGACCUUAUAGAUGUGAAGUUUACAUUAGUGAAGGAUCCUGCCGAUAAAAAAUCAUUGAUUACAAAGGAAAAUCGUUAUAUGUGUGCUGUAACACAUGACAUAUUAAGUAAUUCUGUUCCCUGUGCUGUUAUUAGGACUACUGGGGAUGUUGUGACAUUGGAAUGUGUAGAAAAAAUCAUCAAGAAAGACUGGAUUCAUCCCUUAACAAAUGCAAAACUUAGAGAGAAAGAUAUUAUUAUAAUGCAAAGGGGAGGAACUGGAUAUUCACAGACAAAUGAGAAGUUGGAAGGAAAACAUGAAAGACCUGCAUUACAAGCUUAAUUUUAGUUUAUUUCUAUAAGCAUUGUCAUAAAAUUUAUACACAUUAAAAGAAAUUCAAAGCCUGUUUGAAAAUAC